AUGAAGUUGAGCAGAAAACUUACGGGAUCGGAUCAUGAAAAGGAACCGAAAAUAUUUUUGGUUUUGAAACUUACGGGAUCGGAUCAUGAAAAGGAACCGAAAAUAUUUUUGGUUUUGAGUUCCCAAAAAUUUGUUGCACAUGUUGAAGCGAUUAUAAUUUUAUGGCAAUUACUAGCGCAAUCAACUCGAAGUGGAAAGAAAUAUUCAAGGAAUUCUCCGAACUUAAAUAUUCAAUUAGACAUUUCAUAA